AUGGAAUCUUCACAAAAGGUCGACCGGUCGUUCCCUACCCUCGACGGCAAAGUGGCCAUCGUGACGGGAGCGUCUCGAGGCAUCGGGCUCAACAUCGCGCUUGAGUUGGCUCGGCGCGGCGCCAAGGUAGCAGCAACGUACGUCUCUCCCAGUAGCGAAUCCGCCAUCAAUGGACUCAUCAAGCAGGUCAGCUGUUUCGGUAGUCCAUCGGAGUGUAUUGGCAUCCGAGCAGACCUGCGCGACCCGGCCAGCGCGAAAGCCAUUGUCGACCAAACCACGAGCGCCUUCGGGCCGCACAUCGACAUUGUCGUAAACAACGCCGGCGUAGAGGUUGUCAAGGGCUUGUCCGACAUAGAAGUCGCAGACUUCAACAGCGUCUACCAAGUCAACGUCCUCGCUCCCCUCCUCCUGGUACAACAAGUCAAGCCGCACCUGCGCGCUCCUGGCCGCAUUAUCAAUAUCGGAUCCGUCGGAGCGCGAAGUGGCUUCAAGAACUUAUCUCUCUACUGCUCCUCUAAGGCGGCUCUGGAGGGUCUAACGCGCUGCUGGGCGGCGGAGCUAGGGACGGAGGGGCACAGUGUCAACGUCAUCAACCCUGGACCCGUCCAGAGCGACAUGCUGGACAAUAUCCCCGAAGAGAUCGUCGCGAUGCAAAAGGCCACUACACCGCUUCAGAACCGCCUGGGAACGUUUGAUGAUGUCGCCCAGAUAGCAGCAUGGUUAGCUAGUGAGGAGAGUCGCUGGGUCACCGGCCAAGCCAUCUCGGCGAGCGGUGGAUGGGCCAUGUAUUAG